UGUUGGCCUGAUACUUGAAUUUGACUCCUUAAAAGACACCAUCGUCUUGCUUAUUGUGAGUUAGCCUGUAUAUGGAAUUCCCUAGGAUGAUGACCUAGGUAGGCCACUAUCCAUCUAACCAAAUGUAGCUUCAGAUUUGGUACUGUAACAUAGGUCGAUUCAACCGUUCAUCUGCCUAUGAUGUCAGUAGUACAAUCAACAAAAAAGCAACGCUACUCUCUCUGUUUAUUCACUAGUCCAAAUUCGAAGAUUCUUGCCUUUCUUUAUUCAGGGGCCUGUGCUUUCAAUUCUCUUGGUCACGAUGCCGCUUAGUUCAUGACAUGUGGCUGAAUUGCUGACUGUGGCUGCUUCCACGUGAUGUGGCACUGCAAGGCUUGAGCCUGAAGUCUCCAAGGUGCCUGGCCCAAUCGGGAGCUAAGCUUCCCCAAGAAGGCAGCCUCAAGACUACGUACGUGCGGCCACAAUAAUCACUGCAUCAACAUCACGACUCUACCUCCAAUUUUGCCGCGCCUGCACGACUACGAUCGCGCAUUGAUUUAUACCUCUACACAGUUCAGCAUCCGUCGUAAUAGAUAUACAUUGACGAAGCAACGAUGCCUACUACAACAGCAGAAACCCUCUCCCUCGUUACUCGAAACGUCACCGUUGCGCCCCUCGUCCUUCUCUCAGCCGUCGACCACUACAACCGAACUGUUUCUACGAAGACAAAGCGACGAGUAGUUGGUGUUCUUUUAGGACAAAAUGAUGGAAACGACGUGAGAGUGUCAAACAGUUUUGCUGGUGUGUUAUCCUAGUAUCAUGGGACCGUAAGUUGGGCGGCGCUUACAAUUGUCACACAGUUCCCUUCGAGGAGGAUGAGAAGGACCCUUCAGUAUGGUUCCUUGACCACAACUACGUCGAGUCAAUGAACGACAUGUUCAAGAAGGUCAACGCUCGAGAGAAACUCAUAGGAUGGUACCACACUGGUCCCAAGCUACGUGCAUCCGAUUUGGAAAUCAACGAACUCUUCAAGCGCUACACACCCAACCCUCUGCUCGUUAUUGUCGAUGUUCAGCCCAAGGAGUCGGGAGUUCCUACAGAUGCUUACUUCGCCGUUGACGAGAUCAAGGACGACGGCACAACCACUGCCCGAACAUUUGUUCACACUCCUUCCGUUAUCGAGGCUGAGGAAGCAGAGGAGAUUGGUGUUGAGCACCUGCUAAGAGAUAUCCGCGAUGUGGCCGCCGGCACAUUGUCCACACGAGUCACAAACCAGCUUCAAUCACUCCAGGGCUUGCACCUGCGCCUUCGAGAUAUCGGCACAUACCUCCAGAAGGUUCUCGACAAGCAACUACCAGUAAACCACGCGAUCCUCGGAAAUUUGCAGGAUGUCUUCAACCUGCUGCCUAAUCUCUCGACACCCGAAGGAGAUGGCAAGUCUGGCGGUGGCGAGUUGGCAUAUGCGAUGAGCGUCAAGACCAACGACCAGCUUAUGGCUAUUUACCUGAGCAGUCUGAUCCGCGCCAUCACAGCAUUCCACGAUCUGAUUGAGAACAAGAUCCAGAACAGACAACAGCAGGAGGAGAAGGAGGCUAAGAAGGAAGAGAUCAAUGGCAAGGAUGAGAAGAAGGAGGGCGCCAAUGGUUCAAGUGGUGAUUCCAAGGAGGGCGCGGAAAAGGACAAGGAGAACAAGGAGACUAAGAAAUAAGGAACAAAGACAAAAGACCUGGCAGAUGAACUAGACUUGGACUGAGGCUCUUUGGCGUCUGGCGGAGGGGAACCACGGCAAUAUCCUGGCCAAAGGUCAAGGCAAAAGCGCCUUUGUAAAUUGAUCAUAUCAAACUGGAUUAUUAGAGGACGGAGCGCGGAUAAUACAUACUGGACAGAUACGUCUUGAGAGACGGGUCUUUCGAUACUGCUAUGAUGAACCAUAUUUACAAGUCGGCUACGAUACCAGCCAUUUCAUCUUUUGAUACAACCCGAUCCUCAACACACAUGCCGAGCAUUUCUGACCACUUAUCCACAAGUAAGCAUGCAAGUAGGUGUUUGCAACAUGGAGGAGCAUCUCCCCGUGGAUCCAUACUCAUGCCUCCAAAGGACCACUCUCCAUCUUCAGUUGGUAACUGCUGUACUUGGUUCGUAGUUGAGACAGCAUGAGCAUGAGCUGGGAAAGCAUCCAAUGUAAAGCUCGGACAUGUACAAUUCCACGCAUCAAGAUGCACAACGUAGCGCUUCGAUGAUGCACUGAAGUCUCGCGUGCGGCGUGAAAGUGUUGUAGCGAGAGAGCGAACAAGAAACAUGUCGUUCUUUAUCUUAUCUGAUGAAAUCCCAUCUUGAAGCUCCUCAUUUCGCACUAGCCUGAUAACGAGACACCGAUCGAGAAGAUCCAGCGCUGGGAGUAGAAGAGUUGGGAACAGCACAUGGAGAGUUAAUAGUAGAGGCCGUUGAGAGGGGAGAAUGGCUUGUAAGGGUGAUAAUGUGGGUUGUUGAGCGGCCCGAAGUGGCUGCGCUGAUGAUAUGUCUUCUGCGGUGGUCGAUGGCGCGAUAUUGGAGACGGAACUUAUGAGGGAUGUAAUCAACUGGCGAUGGGAGGGGAGAGGCUCCAUUGCCGUGGAGUUGACGAGUGCUUUUGCAUGGUUCGAUGAAUGAUGUUGAAGGAAGAAGUCUAGUCUCCACGUUUGAGAUGAGUGGUGAUAUUCAAUGACAGCCAAAGUGUCAGCUCAAGAAUACGCAUCAACUUCCACAAGAAUCACCAGUUCAACGAAUCAUUUCAUGAAUUAUAUGAAUUAUUUUGAUUUUUUUUAAUAUUCUCAUAUCGGACAACUUGUCCGUCUUUUUGUACCUAAUAGCCUGCACCACCCUGGGUGUCCCCAUCUAUGAUCCUCGCAUAUGAUACACUAAACAAUCGCUCGACCUCAUGCUUUCACACAAAUAAAUUUCCUCUCUUAGAUCAAAAGAGCAGUAACUCAAACCCACUCCUUGGGGUCCCUGAGGACAUCAACCAGGCGCUGCUCCCUGCUCUUAGGCUCAGGCUCAUGCAUGUACUUCCAGCCAGCCGUCAACGGCAAGCUCAUAAGGAUACUCUCGACCCUUGAUCCAGGGGUGUUCAGGCCAAAUGCUGUACCACGGUCGUGCACCAAGUUGAACUCGACGUACUUGCCACGGCGCAGCUGCUGCCAAUCCUUCUCUGCCUCAGUGUAGGGCAUAUCCUUACGCUUCUCGAUGAUGGGAAUGUAAGAGGGCAGGAAGGCUUUGAGGCAGUCUUGGACAAAGGAAAAGGUGUUCUCGCGAUCGCGCUCAGUCUCAUCGAGGUCGUCGAAGAAGAUGCCACCAAUACCACGGGCCUCGCCUCGAUGCUUGUUGUAGAAGUACUCAUCGCACCACUUCUUGAAUCGUGGGUAGUAGUCCUUGUCGUGAGCGUCGCAAGCUGCCUUGAUCGUCUUGUGGAAGUGAAUGGCAUCCUCAUCGAAGAGGUAAGAGGGUGUCAAAUCACAACCGCCACCGAACCACCAUGCUUGAGAUGUACCGUCGGGGUUGGCUGUCUCAAAGUAUCGGUAGUUAAGGUGGACCGUAGGGGCCAUAGGGUUGUAAGGAUGCAGAACCAUGCUGAGGCCUGCAGCGAAGAAGUCGAUCGACUCCAUGUUGGGGUCCAUGGUUUUGUGGUUUGCGCGCAUCUUCUCAAUGGCAGGCUUGGGGAGCGAGCCGUAGACGACACUCACGCCAAGACCAGCCUUCUCGAAGACGUUGCCUUCUUGAAGAACACAGGUUGUGCCACCGCCGCCAUUGGGGCGCUCCCACUCGUCCUUGCGAAACUUUUUGCCAUCAACUCUCUCGAGCUCAGCGACAAUCAGAGCCUGCUGCUCCCGAAUAAACUUUUCCAUGCGCAGACGCAUAGGCGAGUCUUCGUUGACGCCAGACUCUCGCUUCUUCUGGGCAUCGCGGUCGGCGAGAGUGGAGGGGUCGGCGUUAAUAGGUUCCAUUUCGGCCUAAGAGCGAUAAAGUUAGCAAUUGAGCUUCUGUUGUCCGAGGAAAUGCAUGUACCAUCUUGUAAGCUAAAGGGGCGACUGUACCGAGGGCGACAGCAGCGAGCCACAGAGGAGAGUAGUUGAAGUAAGAGGUUCGUGGAGCUUUAGGACCGGCAGAACUAGACAGCCAGCGUCUCGUAGAAGCGAAUUGGGUUCUUGGGAAGCGUGUAGAAGGAGAUGCAAGGUACGCAGCAAGGCGCUGGGAAGGCCGUCUGGCAGCCAUGAUAUUAUAUCUUUGGGCAAUGCAACCCGAGGACCCGGGAAACAGUAGCGGCAAAACAAGGCCGAAGGCCGAGAACGAAUACAGAAAGAGAGACAGAAAGGAUACGACGAUCAGGCGUUUCGGAUGAGGCCACUUGCGAGUGCCAGGAUGCGACAGUACGGUACAGGUACCUCUUGUUAGGUUCAAAGUCUCUAUGAGAACGACUGGGAACUCGGGUGAUAGUCAGAAUCGAAUGUUCGGCAAUUGGCUGACUGAGUCUAAGGGACUUGGUAGUGUGGAGCGGCACCCGACAAUGUCUGCUCCGGUGGCCGGCCGGUGCCGAGGGCGGUCAAAAUCAACGCACCACUCGGGGGUACUAGGCCACUGUAGCUCCGGUUGCUCCUAUAAUUCGUGUAGAGCUUCUCCGGGCGAUGAGAUC